AUGAACUCCAUGUCGGGCGUAGAUAUGCUGCGGGAGGCGGCGAGCCCUUUUUCCUCGAUGUCUACCAGCGAGAGUGGACACCGUGCCCAGGUGGCACAGAUGGUAGAUACGUGUCUGACGCAUAUGAAUGACUGCGAACGGCGCAUGGACGAACCGCUGGACAGUGUCAGCGCCGUGGUCGAGCUGUAUCAAGUGCAACGGAGCUACGUACAGGUUUGCGUAUCGCUUGUUGAGCUGCUACAGUGCGAGCUUCGGCAGGCUCAAGCCCAAUCACGCAAGCUUCCUGAAAUGCAUAGCAUCCUCACACGAUGCUACAUUCAUGGCAUUCAUAUGCCAGUUGAAAAGCUGCUGCAUAUACUUAGCGAAGCGCCUCAUGGGACGCCCGCCGCGAACUACCCCGCCGAGCAAGGCGUGUUGGAAUGGGCCUCUUAUAUCAUCCAGGGCGAUUUCUUGGAGCGCAUGCUCACCGAUACCUAUGCUAUCUGCUCUUACCUUUAUGAACGUGCGAUCGAAUGGCGUGUACGUCGUGCAUGUGUCGAGUGGCUCGGCGAAGUGGCGCGACGUAUGCUUACUUACCUACAUACCCUGCAGCACCUCAAACUACCUCGCUACUUCCUCGCAGAUGAAAGCGAUUCAUGGCUCACUGUCGCCUCACGAUGGUACGGCAUGGCUGCGAGUGAGACGCCGGACAAGGGCCGUUUGUACGCAGCGCUAGGCGAUUUAUCUAUUUCUGCACCACUCCUCUCCCUAUACCUCUACGCCAAAUGCUUACAAGUGGUACAGCCCUGUCUGGCCGCUCGUGAAUCGAUGCUAGAAUGCGUAUCGCGCUCUGCACAGCUAGCUCAGAAUGUGUCCAGUCCUUGCAGUCAUGAUUUGUUUGUCAAGCUUAUCGGCUCCCUGCUUCAGCCUGACGCCGACCUCUCUGAAUUCGGCGUCCGGCUAGAGAAGCUGCGUGACUCCUUGCAAAUUGCGCCAUGCCCUCUUCUCGAGACGGAAUGGGCCGAAAUGGCGAUGUGUUCUACGGCAGCCCUACUUGAGUUCAUGCGCGAGGAGGCAUGGAUCCCUGGCCACCAAUUGAUGGCGUACCAUAUUCCGUCCGAUGCUCGGCCCUUUGGGACGGCCAGUUCCGCGGUGGUAGCCUCUUUUACGCAGCGGUCGGCCUCGUACGUCCCGGAACCGCCGUCCCCAGCUAGGUUCCUGACGGCAGCACGGGAAGAAGGGCUGCCGUUGCGUAUCACCAAUGCUCUGGCGAUGAUCCUGGUGCUGCUGAGCUCUGGUCUCUACCAUUUGCAGUAUGCACUUUCUGAUCCAGCCUCCCAUAUCAAUUCGCCUGGCAUGUAUAUCACCAUCAUGCUAGGCUUCCUCCAAGUCUUAUCCCUGCGGCAAAGUGUGGAGCCUGUGGCUUUGGUCUGCCGUGUAAUACGCAAGUUCCUUCCCUGGGACCGACUUGCUGUGUAUGCACAUGGCGAUGUAUUUGGCACAGGCUCUGCCGAUGCGGAGACCCUCUUGGACUGGGCCCGCAUGGAUCUGCCCGAAGACUGGUGUCUCCGAGGCGUGAGCUGGAAUGCGUGUACCCCUCCUUGCACGCGCUCUGUGCCCCCUGAAGAGAGUUCUGCGUUUGCCUUCCCCUCUGAAACGAGCAUGCUUAGCGAUCUGGGUGCCAUCUCACGUCAUUUCGCUAGUUUAACGACACGUGCUUAUCGCGCUGCCUACGUACAUGACCCUGAUCUGCAACGACUCCUCCGUGCGCGGCAUGCGCGUACAGCUGUGCUGUACGCCUGCCUGGAAUCGCAAUUUGGCCUUCACAAAGACAAUGCACUGCAUGAAUAA